AAGCGGCGCAUGACACCUCUCCUUCUCUCUGAUUCUUCAUAUUCGAGUAUGUCAUUCGGCAAUAAUGUAUCUCAUAUUUGUAUGAUAUAUUAUACAUUGUGAUAUCGUGCAUUAUCUAGUUCAAUCAUGGGAUGCGACGGUGGCACUAUUCCUCGCAGAGACGAACUCGUAAAGAGAAAGAAGAAACCGGAGCAGAAGGAUAAAGAAGCUGAACUGGCCUUCAAAUGGAGACAUUGCACGAUACGACAGCUGCCGUUGCAGUCACCGGUUGUAGGUUGCACCUUAGGACGUCUAUAUAGCAAAGAGUCUGUAUUGGAAGGUCUCUUGGAUCGCGAUACGCUUCCUGAAUCGGCUGUACAUAUCAAGAAUCUCAAGGAUGUGAGAGAUCUUAAUCUGACACCGAAUCUAGCGUUUGAUGGUGAUAAAGCGGAAAAAGGUGAUGGUUAUACGGAUGGAGCGAAAAGUCCAUACAUCUGUCCGAUUAUUGGCUUGGAAAUGAACGGAAAGUACAAAUUCUGCUUCUUAUGGACAUGUGGCUGUGUUGUCAGCGAACGUGCCCUGAAGGAAAUAAAAAGUUGGUCGUGUCACAAAUGCCAGGAGCCGUACAAAGAUAUGGAUAUAGUUAUACUGAAUGCAGAGGGUGAUGAUCUCGAGCUCAUGAAGGAACGUGCGAAACUUAGAAAAGUAACUCGGGAGAAAUCAAAAAAGAGAAAAUCUGCCGAUGAUGUGUCGGCGGAAGAAAAGAGCACCGACCAGCUAUCGAAUAAGAAGAUAAAGAAGGAAGACAAAGUACCUCCCAUGAUCGCCAACAACCAAAGCAAAGCCGAUGAUCCUGCUUACAAGAAAGCCAAAAGCGAUUACAGUAUUGCCAAAGACCCUAAGGCAUCCGAGGUUUUCAAAAGCAUUUUCACCUCUCACAAAUCCGCCGUGGAACAAGAUAGAGCACAUUGGGUCACGUAUAAUCCAUUUUACAAUUGAUGUCUAUAGAAGCAUAUAUAAUUUGAUAAGUUACAACUAGUUGCGUCAUUUUCAUCUAGUUUCUCGAUAUUUACUCAGAAACAAAAAAGAAAUCGACUCAUUGAAUACAUUAACUUGGACUUGGACAAAAGUUCAAUCACUGAAUCAUUGAAAAUGAAGAAUGCCUGUAUCUGAUGUAUCGUCUAAUAUAUUUUGUUAUUCCCUUCAACUCUGAAUAUUAAGGGGAUAGAAGGGGAAACGAAUAAUAAACAACACGUCUAUCAAAAUAUAUGUAUAUU